CUUUCCACAUCCAAGAUGGCUGCUUGUGCAGAGAACAGUGAGAGGUAUUUUUAAAACAAAACUGGGGGAAGUGUAAACAGAGAGCUGUGAUAUAACCGACUCGAUAGCGAAAACAACACAGAGGCACGUAAGCAGAGAUCCAGCAGGAUGAAGAGGUUUCUGGAACACAAAAGCUGAGUUUCUGUUUGCGCCUGAACAAAAAUGGACAGCUACUUCAAAGCAGUGGUCUGCGAUCUGGACAAACUACUAGAUGAUUUUGAGCAAAACACAGAUGAGCUUACAGCAUCUGCAAGUUAUUGUGCUCCAGCCUUCCCAGCUCCUUCCCUCAACUCCCACUUUGUCGCUGAAUCAUCUCCAGAACUCGCAUCUCUGCAUGAACUCAAAAGUCUUACCUACAGCACGCCCGCUGAUGUGUCCACCUCUGCAGCAGCCAGUGGUUUUCAAACAAAACCCUUAACGGAACUUGACCUUCCAACUGCCGACAGCAGAGCUUCAAAGAACAUUGCACCCCCUUGUCUGGACAGGGGUCUCAAACCUAUCUGUGACCUGGUUAGCAAUUCAGGAUCACUCAUUAUCAGAGCCAAUAACCAUGAUGCUUUUCAGAAGCUGGAUAUUGUUGAAAAUCAGUUAGAGGAAGGUUUGCUUGUAGACUUUGAUUUGCCUCCUGCAUGUGCUGCAGGAGAUGCAUUGCAGUUCAGCCUCAGUAAUGUUCCUGGUGUACAGGUGUUUUCCGAGGGAGGUUUGGGACUGCAAGGAGCGGGUCGCCUUGCAACAGGACAUUUGGAAAGCCUGAGCUUAUUGGACAUUAUCUUGCCCCCUGAGGCUGCUGACGAACCAGUGAAUAGAAAUUCAUCUUCAAACACUGUCCACCAAGGACAUUUAGAGGAAGUCCUUCAAAAUGAAACUGGUGCUCAGAACGUCAGGGAGCCAAAUGAAGAAGACGGCCAGGAGGAUCAAGAGUUUCCAUGCGAUCCAGAGAGAACUGAGAACGGCACCACAGUCCUUUCAAAAACUGAAUGCAGUGAGGACAGUGUAGCUGUAAACGGGACCCUCGAUUGCACAGAUGCCAAGGAGCUAAUCCAUUCAAAGGAAAAUAUGAAUGGUGAAGCAAAGUUUAACUCCUCAUUGGAAAUAACAGCUUGUUCAUCAGACAAAAAGCAAGACUGCGAGGAAGAAGUGAACAGUUUAAACCAUGUAAAAUCCAUCAGGGAGGUGGAAGCAGAACAGAAUGACCUGAACGUGCCAUCUAGUCCUACAGAAGAUAGAGAGACAUCCGUGCCCUGUCUUCCAAUUGCCGUGUCCAUGUGCGGCUCUUUGGUUUUGACGCAAGACUCCAAAAGCAACAGACCUCAGGUUGAAACCACCAAGAUUAUAGCCAGUGAAUUGUUUCCUACCCAGACUAAUACACUCGUGGUGAACAGUCUUUCUCCUGACCCUGAAACACAAACGAUUAUUCCUCCUGUGGAGGAAAGUACAAAGACUGUGGACCAAAUUGGUCCAGAGCCUGCCUGUGAAAGCCGCAGAAUCCAGUCGGAAACCAAAGUCAACCCUGAGACAAAAGCAUUCUUGCACUACACAAUCCCAGACAGCCUUGCUGUGGCAGAAGCAGAUUUAGUUGAGGGUGAAGACUCCCCCAGCAGUGUUGUGGACGCCAUUGAAGGCUGGGCCUACCCUGUGGGCUCCAGCCCUGAGUUCGUUUCAGACAUAACGUUUGUCGAUGACUUUCUCCCAGACGGAGACCUGUGUGACAACCUGGUGAGUGACGCAGACCUGGAUGCCUUCUUGACGGAGCAAAGCCUCAAGAACACUGAGUUGAGGCCUAUGGAGAAUUCUACUGACGAAGGGUUUUCAGAAAUGAAUGGUGACAUUUCAGGGUUGUCUGAUCCUUCCCAGAACAUUGGGGGAGAUGAUCUGCUUGAGGUUGUCAGGAGCGCCCUGAACAUUGAGGCUGUUGAGCCUGCAUAUUCAGAACCAGAGAGACCGCCAUCUCUGGGGGUAGACCAAAACUUUGUUUCUUCUGGGGAUGUUGCCCUGACUGUAGUAGAAGACACAAAAGACAGUGGUGAGGCAAACAUGUGUAGUUCUGUUUGUCGGAUACCCAACCCCAGUGCUUGUAAUAACCAACACCCAUAUUCUGGAGGGGCAAGACCAAAACAACUUUUUGUUCAUCCUCCAAAAACUCUAUUGACAAAGGAAUUGAAUGACCAUAAAAGAGGCGAUUUUAAAGAUGUUCCUUUAGCAGGAGAGCAAACCGUAAAUCAUGUGCAGUCCCCUGGUAUUGGAGAGCGAUUCCCGAACCAGUCUUUAGCAAGUCCUGGGUAUACCUACUCUGAGAGUAUAGAUAGUAGCGUUGAUUUGGAAGAGGGCUCGGAAUCUGCCCAGCUUAUCGUUAACCAGGCGGUGGAUAGCACAGAGGAAUCUGUUUCCCUCGAUGAUCGGCUGAUGAGAGAAGAAUCAAGUCUGGGGUUGAAACAGCCUGCAUGGGUACCUGAUUCUAAAGCACUAAAGUGCAUGAACUGCCAACUCAAGUUUACCUUCACCAAAAGGAGGCAUCAUUGUCGGGCAUGUGGAAAAGUAUUUUGUGGUGGUUGCUGUAACCGAAAAUGUAAGCUAAAAUAUAUGGAAAAAGAAGCUAGGGUUUGCGUCAUCUGCUUUGAAACUAUUCAUAAAGCACAAGCCCUUGCGAGGAUGAUGAGCCCGACCGGUCCGAGUCCUAAUCCUAAUAUUCCCUCUGAAUACUGCUCCACCAUCCCUCCCCUGCAGCAAGCCCAGGCAGCUGGAACUCUCAACUCCCCUCCGCCCACCGUAAUGGUGCCUGUGUCUGUGCUCAAGCAGCCUGGAAACGAAGCUGGGCUUCCCAGGGAACAGAAACGGGUUUGGUUUGCAGAUGGUAUUUUGCCAAACGGAGAGGUAGCAGAUACAUUGAAACUGUCAGUAGGGAGCAAGCGGUUGUCUCAAGACUCCAGCCCUGUAACCCCCGAACCUCCUGUGCCUCAGGUUCAGAAAAGCCUGGAAAAGGAGAUUCACGAUUCUACAGCUACAGCGCUCAGCGAUUCUUCAGAACAAGCACCUGGUAUUCCUAAAGCCGCGAUGAAGGUACCGAACAGUCCAGCUUCUCGGAGUCCAGAAGAUGAUAUGAAGCAUCUUAUCACAGGGCCUUCGGAUUACAGAAUGUUAUCCACCAUAGGGGAGUGCAUUACCAAGACGGGCAGUCUGGUUCCUGAUGACGAAGAGGGGCUGCCCCCUGUUGUCAUAGCAACAGGGGAGAGAGGAGAUGACUCGCUGGUGGAGGAUCGCCCCUCUGCCAGCCAGCUGAUGCUGCUUCUUGAGGAAGGAGGUCCUAACCCCCUCACGUUCGUGCUGAAUGUCAACCUGCUGGUGAAUGUCAAAUUAGUGACUUAUGCUGCACAGAAGUGCUGGUGCUUCAGCUCCAAUGGCCUGCACGGGGUGGGUCAGCCUGAGAUUGUGUUCCUGCUGCAGUGCCUGCCAGAGGAAAGCACUCUCCCCAAAGACAUCUUUAAGCUGUACAUUACCAUCUAUCAAGAUGCACUAAAGGGCAAGUACAUUGAAAAUCUGGGCAACGUGACCUUUACUGAGAGUUUCCUUGGCAGUAAGGAUCACGGUGGAUUCCUGUUCAUUUCGCCCACAUUCCAGCCCUUGAAUGACCUGUACCUGCCAGACAGCCCCUUCCUCUUUGGGGUUCUCAUUCACAAGCUGGAGGUGCCCUGGGCAAAGAUCUUCCCACUGAGGCUCGUGUUGAGACUGGGGGCAGAGUACAGCGUGUAUCCUUGCACUUUGACGAGUUUCAGAUUCCGGAACCCAUUAUUCAGAGAAACUGGACACACUAUAAUGAACCUUCUAGCAGACCUCAGAAAUUACCAGUACAGUCUGGCGAGUGUGGAGGGCUUGUUGAUCCACAUGGAAAUGGGCAACAGUUACAUUGAAAUCCCUAAGGGGAGGUUUAAUGAGGUGAUGAAAGUAAUGAAUUCCUCCAAUGAGCAUGUCAUCAGCAUGGGUGCCUGCUUUAGCAUGGAGGCAGAUUCCCACCUGGUGUGUGUUCAGAACGCCGAUGGAAACUAUCAGACCCAGGCCAACAGUGUACCAGGCAAGACUAGGAGAAUCACUGGAGCAAGCUUUGUUGUUUUCAAUGGUGCUCUGAAGGCCUCCUCGGGAUUUAUUGCCAAAUCCAGCAUAGUUGAAGAUGGUUUGAUGGUUCAAAUAACACCGGAGACGAUGGAAGCAUUACGGCAAGCUUUUAGGGAAAAAAGGGACUUCCAGAUCCCAUGUGGAAAACAUGAUUCAGGAGAUUUAAGAGAAUAUGUAAACAUCCACUGGGUGGAGAGGGCAUCCAUUGUAAACACAGGGAUUAUGAGUCCAGUUGAUGGAAAGUCCCUGGAAGGGGUUCCAAGCAUUAAAAUGCAACAGGAGGCAGAGUUUGAAAGUGAUGGGAAGCUUGUGAAAUGUACUGAGGUGUUCUAUCUUCUGAAGCGCCCUGAGCAGUCUCUUGCCAGCGUUCUGGUUGCCCACAGUCAGUUCCCAAAAGAGAUUGCCAUGGCCUGCUGUGCUGCCCUCUGCCCUCACCUGAAGACCUUGAAAGAGAGCGGGAUAAAUAAGCUGGGACUCAGAGUUUCUACAGACACAGACAUGGUGGAAUACCAGGCGGGUUCAGGAGGCAGGCUUCUUCCUCAGAGCUACAUGAAUGACCUGGACACCGCGCUCAUUCCUGUGAUUCACGGCGGCAGCUCCAGCCCGCCGCGCAGCCUCAUGGAGAUGGACUUCCUGUUCUUUAUAACAGAAAGCCUUUACUAAGCCAAGGGCGAGCUUCUCAUUUCAGAUAUGCCAAAGCGUUAAAGUUAAUCACAGCAGGUUUUUACAAGAAGCUAAAAGACCGAGACACAAGCGAUCAAACACUUCAACUUCACUUGCUUUCAGUGCUUUUUAUGUAGGAUAUGUUGAAUACGGUACUAUGUACAAUGUCUUUUGAAAACCAGGGUUUUUUGGGGUUUUUUGGUUUUUUAGAAGCUUUGAACUUAAUGGUCUCUAUUCAAUGAAUCUAAACAUGGCAGAUCUAAACAGAAAGUUCCCUUCUUUUAAGGGUUUAAACAACAGCGUGUUUAGGACCACCACCGUUUAGAUCAACAGAAUAGACCACAGUCUGAAGGAAGGACAUUCACUUUAAGUAUCAACCAGCUUUAGUAACUGAAAUGAAUUUAGGGCUUUGUAUUUAACAGAAAUGUGAUGUAUCAUGUACAUUUAUGUAAGUGUAUAUACUAUUAGAAAUCAAGUGUUCCACACUUGAGAUAAAGGAGGAUAUUUUUGUCUUGUGCAUUAUAAACAUCCUUGCAUUGUCUUUCACUCUGGUCUUCAUUUUUAGCAUGUCCUAAUUUGCAUAGGAAUAAUAAUUAUAUAAGGGUUUUUUGUUUGUUUUUUAAUUCGGUGCUUCAGUCCUAUUUUUGGAAUAAAUAUGUGCAUCAAAAGAUAUUUUUGAUAGGAUGGUAUAUGAGAAAUUGCCAUUCAGGUAUAGUUAAACACCUGGCAGUGUAAAAUGUAAAUAUGGCUACAGACACUAAUUAGCUCUUUGGGGUACAGCUGUGGUUCACAAAGGUAAAAUGGUACUGUAAAGAUGUGCUCUUGAGCUAUCACAUUUGUAUUUCCUCCAAACAACACAGCUGGGAAUUACAUAUAUGUAUAUAUGUGUGUAUGUUUUAGGUAUUGAUUCAAACUGAACUUUUUAAAUUUUUUUGGUUUGUUUUUAAAACCAUUGUUUAAUUCAUGUGCUGCCUCUCUAUAAUAAAAAGAUAGUUUU